ACUCUACAGUGCUCUGCAGUCAACCUCUGGACAUCCAAUUGCGAGGACGGAGGUGUACGACCCCAUAUCCGGUGUAGUGAGACAUGACCGGCAUUUGAAACUCGUGCACCCGUUUUGUUUCGCCUUUUUCUUUUUUUUCAUCUUUUUAUCUAUUCGUUAACAAUAGCAGCAAUCGAAUCGUUUAAUGUAACGUUGAAUUUAUUCAUCUUCUUGCUAAAAAGGGAGUGAGACAAUUCGGGGGGAACACGCUGUGUUUACUGGAUAGACUGUCUCUCUCUCUCUCUUCUUUUUCAUUUUUUUUCAAGAUGUCGAAAUAUUAUUUCGGAUUGUUUCUAAUUAUUAUUGCGACGUGUGCUCAAAUGUACACUGCGAAAAAGUGCGAAGGAAAUGGUGUAGAAUUGAAAUAUGUUUGGGGGGAUGCAUUAACGGACUCACCGGAUUGCAUAGGACCUAAUAAUACGCCAUAUCCUACAACCGCGAUAUUGAGAAGCUUUAAAAAUAUUUGGGCAAGUGGUAGAACUGCUAGAUCUCAUCAGGGUCGAACUAUCGAUCCCGAAAUAACGAGGCAAGCUCUUCUUCAUAAUUACAAACUCCUACAAGGAGAUUACUCGAUAGCAGGUCAUACACGAAAUGGACGAUCCUUUUCCGCAAAAGAAAACUGUGGCUCGCCUAGCAGAUUAUGUAAAACAAGAUAUAACACCACAGCACCUAUGUAUGGUGUCAGUUUGACGAGUGGUCAACCAGUGACAAUCGUGCAAAAGUUUCCUGAUCUUCUUCAGCAAGUCGUAUUCGAAGUAUGCGAAUCGAAAGAAUGCGAUGUAGUCCAUGGCGAAUGCACGCAAACAUAUGUGCCUUACCUGUUUUUGGUGAUUCCUUUGGGGCCGGUGACCUUAACCGGUCAGGAUUACGUGCUUGUUGAGAGCGGUUGCGUCUGCAAGCCAAGGAAUUCGGCGAGUACAGCAUCCGAAACCCCUACUGUGCCAAACUUCUAACAAGUAUCUUCAGUUCGAAUAUGAAACGUCUUCGGUGAUAUCCAAUAAUUUCUUCGACGAAGAAAUUUCUCGAAAAUACAAGAGAAAGACACGAAGAAGGGAUGAAACACGAUGAGACGUAAUAUGCGAAUAUUGUGACAACGUAUAUGAAAAUUCAAAGUACCAAGUCGUCGAUCGAAACAACGAACUAUCUUUUCGGUGAUCGUCGAUAAAAUUACAGGGAAAUGUGUUUAAUGAAAAACAAAAUAUAUAUAUAUGUAUACAUAGGUGGUACGCAAACUGUACAAAGAACUUCAAA